GCCCAGAUGGCAGCAGUAGUUCUAGGGGGAGACACCAUGGGCCCCGAGCAUAUUUUCCCCAAUCAGACUGAGGAACUGGGGCCACACCAGGGCCCUACAAAAGGCACUGGGGAUUGGAGCAGCGAGGAGCCUGAGGAAGAGCGGGAGGAAACGGGGGCAGGCCCAGCUGGCUACUCCUAUCAGCCCCUGAACCAAGAUCCUGAACAAGAGGAGGUGGAGCUGGCACCGGUGGGGGGUAGUGAAGAUGUAGUUGCUGAUAUUCAGGAUUGGAUCCAGGCGCUAGGGCUUCAUUUGCCAGACCCACCAGUAGACAGCAACGAUGAAGAAGAGGAGGGAGCUACCGGACUGAGCAACCACAGCUCUAUUCCCAUGGACCCGGAACAUGUGGAGCUGGUGAAAAGGACGAUGACUGGAGUAAGCCUGCCUGCACCAGGGGUUCCUGCCUGGGCUCGAGAGAUCUCAGAUGCCCAGUGGGAAGAUGUGGUACAGAAGGCCCUCCAAGAUUGUCAGGGAGCCCCAGCCUGGAAGUGA